AUUUGGCCCGUUUCUGAAACCGCAGGCGCCCAUGCUGUCGCGCCCGAUCCAUGCUACCAGCGCGGUCGUGUGGCUCGCGUAUGGUUGCAGUCUCGCUGGAGUGUACGCAUGCGUUGGUCGCGUUGCCCCCGACGUGCGUUUGCUCGUCAUCGUGUUGACUAUGGUCGGCACGUGCCCUUGGUACAUUCUCCAUGUGACUGUGAUGUUUGAUGACGACCAUAGUUUGUGGGCCUUGCUUCGAUGCACUCGACAGCGUCGUGACGCCGGAUCGACCCGACAACCCACCGGCACUCUGACGAAAGCAACUCCAGACGUCGCGGUGCCCGUCCAAGUUCGCAUGGCCCCCGUGACCCAGUCCGCCAUUCUCGAUGCCCAACGAGCAAACGUAGCGAGCCACAGUCUGUCAUGACUCGCCGCUUGGUGCGAUUCCCCCGCCGACGCCUGCGAUCUUCGCACUACGCGCCACGUCGUUUCCAACGACAGAAACGUCGUGCCGGCAAUACAGAAGAAUUGCUCAUUCAGUUGAGAGAUAAUUCCGAUGACUACAUCUCGUGCUUGGAUUUGGUACACCAUUUUCUCGCUGCCUUUCUCUCCGCACAGGUCCAACACAUUAGAAAAGCCACGUCAGGUCGUCUGCUUCUGUCCACAAAGACAUCGCACUAUGCUUCCAUUUGAUGAUGCAGUUGCAUCAAACGUGCUGGCUCAACGAACCACUCGGCAUGCUACACUCACCCCCCCCAUCCGAUGAUCCCAAUACAACCAAGCGAGGACUCUUCGCUUAGAGCUCACCGGAUGCAGAGCCAAGCAUGCGUCCAUCCAUGGCACGCGUAGUUCUCUUCAUCACUCUGCAGAGACUCCAGUCGGAGCCGCUUCUUGAUGCGCUUCAGGCCAGGCACGAGGCAUCCUUCGGACAGCGCGGCCAAGUCGUGGUGGAAAGCUCGCGAC